AUGAUGAUGAAGAUCAAUAUAAAGAAAUCGUCCACUAUUCCUUCUUCAGAACCCAUUGCAGGGAGAUUGGAUAGAGAUGAGAUCGACAAAAUCGUGAUUAACUGUAACAUAGAGGGAGUUCUAUUCAUAGAGGCGAAGUUGGAUUCCACAUUGGAUACCUUUGGCGAGUUCACGUCAUCACCAGAAUCUGCUGCCUUACUUCGACUAUUGAUUACCCUGACGAUAUUUCAUCCUAUCCACUAUUUUUUGCACAAGGUCGGAGAUGAAGAAAGGGUAUUAAAGGUGACUUUUUCAGGAGCAUGUUGUUUGGAAGAUACUUUUGCUGGUAAAUGA